AUGGAAGAUAAACGUUUGUUGUUGUGCGGAGUUUGUUGUAUUGACAUUGUCAAUUAUGUUCAACGUUACCCCGAGGAGGAUACCGACAAUGUUGGGGUGGAUCAGGUAAGGAAAAGAGAAGGGAUGGAUCAUAAGCUAAACUAACAAGAAAAGUACACCUGCCCCGCUCAAAAUCAGCCCAAAAUUUUUAUAUGAAUUCUUUGUACCACCAAUAGUGCCCAUAAAAAAUUUUUUAAUUCUUUGGGUUUCCCGCAAAUUUGGCAUUGUGUUUCAAACACUUUUUUGGGCUUUCCAGACAAAAUACGCUUACAAAUUUAAAAAUGUAGGUUCAUUUAAAGGUUUUCUACUAGUAUAUCAAAGUUAAAUUAUUAAAUGUCAAAAGGUGACAAAGUUACAAGCUUGAAACACAAUGCCAAGUUGCCGGGAAAUUCAAAAUGUCAUUUUUUAAUCUUGAUUUUUUCGAAAUUUCCUUGAAAGCGCGAUUUAGUACUUUGCUGAACAUCUUAUAUUUACAUGAUCUUUCUAUAUAAAAAGUUUGAAGUCAAUCACAGCAGGGCAGGUCGGGCACUUUCCUUGUAAAUAGGCUUAAACAAAAAGAGUAGUAAUACUAAACUCAAAAUUGCGGCAAAAUGGUUCUAAUUUUUAACGCAAUAGUAGUACAAGCUGAUAGAAUAGACUAUUGGCUAUCGUUAAAGCCUAAAAUUAAAAAUCUAUUAAGAAAACUUUUAGUGUUACAAAGAUAUUAAGUUUGACAAUACCUACAUCAAAGCUCAUGAAAAACCAAAGUCCUACUCUGUCAAAAACUACUGAUCCAAAAAUAGUAAACUAUAGCUCAAAAAGAAGUUGAUAAAAUAACCUACUAGUACUUAAAAAAUUUAAGAACCCAGGUAUUGCUACUACUUCAUAUUUUCAGAUGAUAACCCUAGGAGGUAACGCCACAAACAGUGGAACGAUUCUAGGCCAGCUAAAUAACAAAACAGAUUUGUUUAUGGCCAUUCCUACUCAUAAUACCUUGUUUAAUAAGUAAGUGGUUUUAAACUUCAUUUUACCUAUCACGCUGUACAAAGUUUAUUGUUCCACUUAUACCUACAUCAAUAUAAUAUUUGUUUUUCUCUUACCUACAUCAAUAUAAGUUUAAAUUAGUGUAAACCUAGCUCAAUAAAAUUCCAGUUUGGCGAAGAAAGCCGGCCUAAACCUGAGCAAAUGUGUUUCCCGAGAAACUGAAGACGUACCAGUGUCUACUGUAAUUUGUAAUUAUGAACUUGGAACGAGAACGAUUCUACAUUACAAUGGAGAUCUGCCGGAGCCUUCAGCAGAAGAAUUUAAAGACAAAUUCAAAGAUUUUGACGACUAUGGCAUUGUUCAUUUUGAGGGUAUGAAUUCUAUAAAAAUCGCACCAAAAUAUCUAAUGACGUAUUUUACACUGAAAAAUCGAUCAAAACGACUAUAUUUAAAACUUUUUAAAUAUCGAAAAACAUAUUCUUUAAUUUGAGCAAAAUCAGGCCGCCAAUACGAUCAAGUGGUGGAGAUGAUGGACUAUAUUGCUGAGAAACGAUCAUUCAAUACCACACCUUUGAUUAGUGUAGAGAUCGAAGUUCGAGUACCAGACAGAUGGGUAUCAGAGUUCGUGAAGAAGGCUGAUAUCGUUUUUAUCAGUAAAGACUAUGCGCAAUGGCGUGGUAUGUUGCUAUGAAACAAAACUUGUAAAAUUAAACAACUUGAAUAGAGCCCUAGAAUUUUAUUACAGUACUAGCGAGUAGAGUAGUACCGUAAAGCCUUACUAUAGAAAUACGACACUGCAGAUAUUAUUGUCUAGACAAAUAUUAUGCUGUAGAUACCAUAGUCUAAGCAACUACAAAAUAUAAUAAAAAGAAAAGCAAGUAGAAUAGUACGGCAAGUCCUUGUUAUAGCCUCCGCAAGUACAAUACUAUAGUAGAAAAAGCAAAUUAGUACCUAUAAUUUCAGAAUGGACUGGAAUGUACGAAGUUCUGAGACAAAUGCAAACCCUAUAUGACUGUACCAACACGACAUUAAUAUGCCCAUGGGGAGAGAAAGUAAGUCAUUUAGAUAAAACAUAAGCAAAGUAGGAUAUUUAUUAGAAGACUAUGUUAAAGUUAGAAUACUUAACUGAAAACAACUUUACUGUAGUCUAACCAUCUUCAAGCUAUCACACUGUGGCCUAGCAUAAAUUACUGUACCUACCUCUUCAAAAACCUGUACGGUGUCUUGGCCUAAUCCGAGUAUUAUAUAAUGUACCAUAACUGCCCUGGAGAACUCUACCUUACACCACCCUGGUUUAUCGGUAGAAGUAGAAGUAAAAGUACGGAUAAGAGUAAAGGUGGAUGUAGUGGUAGAGUAAAGAGGAGUAAAAAUAGGGAGUAGGGGUAAAGGUAGGGGUAGAAGUAGGGGUGAACAUGCGGGUAGGGGUCUGCUUCAUCAUACCUUGCCAUAAACUUCCCUACCUUACCUUUAACAAUCCAUACCCUACCGUACUUUACCCUAACUUAACCUAUCCUACCUUUUCCUAGACUACUUUACUCUACCCUACUCUGAAUUUACAUACCCUGUCUUACCAUACUACACCGUAUAUAACACACCCUCUAUAGAGCCUUCCACUAUUUACAAUUUGUCUCCAAUUCAAGUCUAUAUCAAUAAAAACACACUAAUAAAAUUCCAGGGAGCCCUAGGCAAGAACACUCGAACCAAUCACACAGUUGAAGUACCAGCCUAUCCACCGGAUCAAGUUGUCGACACUCUAGCAGCUGGAGACACUUUUAUAGCUUCUGCACUACAUUUUAUCAACUUGAGCUAUGACUUAGAAACCGUGCUUCAUUCGGCUUCCAAAGUGGCUGGAAGAAAGUGUGGCCAACAUGGGCUGAUCAAUAUGAAUUUAAAGGAAAUUUUGUAA